UAGGCUCCUCAAUUUAGGGUUCUUCUCGGCUAUGGCGGACGGGAGCUUCAAGUCCCCGACUCCAUCGCCAUCGCCGUCGCAUUCAGCUGGCCACAACAAGCGCAAGAGGAGCGCAGCAGCUGCCGGUCUCUUGGACGAGCCCUCCAGCAUUCCAGCGAUGGUAGGCAUGCAUCACAAUCCGUCUUCCGUGUUUGGGCUAGGGUUCUCUCAUGCGAUGGAAUCCGGGAUAAUGCCGGAUGAUAGCAGGGAGAAUGGGAGCCAGCUAGGUGGAGGAGGCGAUGGCGGUGGCAGCAAAGGGGAGGAGUAUGACGACGAGGACGAGGAUGGGAAUGACGACGAAGGGGAGGAGGAUGAGGAAGAGGAUGGAGAGCAAGACGAUGAGGACGACCAGGAGACGACGACGAGCUUGCCUCUGCAGCAAGGACCGCUUCGCCCGCCCGCAUUGAACCUUCCAGUGGUUUCGUCGGUCAAGGUGGAAGCAGCCGAGCAAAAGGAUUUGCUAUCGUCGCAAAUGGCCUUUGGCAAUUUACCACAGCCUGUGACGGUGACCGUCAAGGAGGAAUCGACCAAGCCUACGCUGGUGGAGACGAUCCAAACCAGUGGAGCGUACUGUGCGCGAGAGGAAAAUCUCAAGAAAGAGGAAGACGCUGGAAGGAUCAAGUUUGUCUGCUACAGCAAUGACGGUGACGACCAACAUAUGAUUUGGCUUGUUGGGCUCAAGAACAUCUUUUCUCGUCAGCUGCCAAACAUGCCAAAGGAUUACAUCGUCCGUUUGGUCAUGGACAGGAGCCACAAGUCUAUGAUGAUUGUGAAGCACAACCAAGUUAUAGGCGGCAUCACAUAUCGUCCGUAUCCAAGCCAAAAGUUUGGAGAGAUAGCAUUCUGUGCAAUCACAGCGGACGAGCAAGUAAAAGGCUUUGGCACGAGGCUCAUGAACCACCUAAAAAAGUAUGCUCGGGACGAAGACGGGCUUACUCAUUUCCUCACGUAUGCCGAUAACAAUGCAGUGGGUUACUUUUCAAAGCAGGGAUUUACCAAGGAAAUAUUUCUAGAUAAAGAGAUCUGGCACGGAUACAUCAAAGAUUAUGACGGUGGAACAUUAAUGGAAUGUAGGAUCGAUCCAAUCUUACCUUACAUAGAUCUCCCGGCGAUGAUUAGAUUACAACGGCAGGCGAUAGAUGAGAAAAUUCGGGAGCUUUCAAACUGCCACAUAGUUUACCCUGGAUUGGAAAUCCUCAAGAAGGACUUCAAUGUUCCACGGAGGCCUUUGAGACCCGAAGACAUACCAGGUCUAAAGGAAGCUGGAUGGACGCCAGACCAACUGACCAUUUCUCGUAUAAGAUUUGUAAACUCACCGAAUGAUGGGCCGCCAACGAGGCAAGCCCUUCAGGGACUCAUGCGUUCCAUGUUAAAGCUGGUUUGCGAUCACUCGGAAGCUUGGCCGUUUAGAGAACCGGUGGAUGCGCGUGAGGUUCCGGACUACUACGAUAUAAUCAAAGAUCCCAUCGAUUUAAAAACCAUAUCCAGGAGACUGGAGAGCGAGCAAUUCUACUUGACGCUGGAAAUGUUCGUAGCCGACCUGAAACGGAUGUUUGGGAACGCCAGGGUCUACAACUCACCGGAGACGAUCUACUUCAAGUGCGCAAACAGGGUGGAAGACUUCUUCACGAACAAGCUCAAGUCGUGCGUUACUUUCCUCCGGGGUGAUGCAUCUUAAGCAUGAAUUGUCGUACUUCCCCAUUCUUUAUUGUACGGUAGUGGGAACAGCAGGUACGGACAUGGAAGGGGUCGCACGUGCUAGCAUGGUCAAGAGAGAAAUCACUUGAAUUACAGAACAUACUUUUUGGUGAGUCAAGAAAAUCCGCCCGACUUUGAAUCCAAGACUAAAUCUCCCUGGGA